AAUACUCUGCUAGUGCUUCCAGCCUGACUGCUCUUUAUGUAGUGGAUUCUUAAAUUUCAAGUUUUUGGUUUACUGAGGAAUACCUGUAGUUGCCAGUGUGACUGUUAAGUUUGACAUGUGGAGUCAAGCUUGCAGUCUGUCCCCUGAUGGGAUUACCAGCCAUAAAGCAAUGGUGACAAAGAGAGGGAGUCUUGAGAUUUUACCCUGCACAGUGUCUCAGCUGCUGACUGCUUCUCAAGUCAGCAACGAUAGCUUUGCAAUCUGCGACUGGGAACUUCACCAGGUGUCCCUAGUGGGCGUCAUCAGAGGAUUUGCUCCCUUCGUGACAAAUGUCCAGUACUCUGUGGACGACAUGACUGGUCCACCUUUGAAUGUGAAACAGUGGGUUAACACAGAGGACUGUGCUCUGAUGAUGUUUGCCUCUCCUGGAACAUAUGUGAAGGUUACAGGAAGUCUACGGAAUUUCAAAGGUCAGAGGUCAUUGCUGGCAAUGGACAUCCGUUGUAUUAAGGACCUGAAUGAGAUCACAUCCCACAUGUUGGAAGUUGUGCAAGCCCAUAUGCAGCUUUUUGGAAAGAUGUUCGAUGUGAAUAUGAAUACCACUGCUGCCUCGCUGUCUGGAAGAGCCGUCAAGUGUGGUGGUGGACAUUCUAACGCCUUCUUACCACAUGGUUUGUCCACCAUCCAGGGUCAGGUGUUGAAUGUAAUCAAGAGCUUCUCUGUCCAUGAUGAUGGUAUCAGUUGCCAUGACCUGAACACACAGCUGGACUACCUCAGUAUGAGAGACAUCAGGACAUCCUUGGCAUUUCUGAUACGUGAAGGCCAUGUCUUCUCUACUAUUGAUAAGCAUUUCAAAUCAACAGAACAUUAGCAGGCUACCUGGAGGCUGUUCUGCCAGUUAUGUCACUCUCCUGGAUUACAGCUGGUCAAGACACUCGGUUCACAUUUUCAGGGUGAAAUUAGUAUUUUGUUUUAGUUCUGUUUUAAGUAAGAUUUUUUUUUUUUGUUCUUAAUUUACUAUGAGCUACUGUACUGUCUUGGUCUAAAAAUGGUGAAUGAAUAAUGAUGUCCAGACAGAUAAGUCAACUGUUACAGGGUUUAUAGUGUAUCCUUUGUUGCCUGUAUUCCAUCACUACUAAUAUAUUGCUUAGGCCUCUCUA